AUGUCGGUGCUGGUGGAGACGACGGUGGGGGCGCUGGUGCUCGACCUGUACGUGGACGAGUGCCCCCGGGCGUGCACCAACUUCCUCAAGCUCUGCAAGACCAAGUACUACCACGGCUGCCUCUUCUUCAAUGUGCAGGAGAACUUCAUGGUGCAGGCGGGGGACCCAACGGCCACGGGAGGGGGCGGGGACUCCAUCUACGGCCAGCUCUACGGCGCGCAGGCCCGGUUCUUCGAGGACGAGCUGCCCAAAGCUCGAGGGAAGACCCACGAGGCCCGUAGUGGGCUUCUAGGUAUGGCCUCGGGAUCGGCCAACCAGAACGCGUCUCAGUUCUACAUUACCACCCGCGCCGAGGACAUGGCGUAUCUGGACGAGCAGCAUACCAUUUUUGGCGAGGUGGCCGAGGGCAUGGACGUUCUUGCCACAAUUAACUCGUUAUUUGUGGACAAUGACUACCGGCCCUACCAGGACGUGCGUAUCAAGCACACGUACGUACUGGAUGACCCGUUGCCGGACCCGAAAGGGCUGGAGGAGCUCAUCCCUCCGUCGUCCCCCACGCGAGAGAGACCCGAGCAGGAACAGGUGGAGCCGAGACUGGCGGCCGACGAGAAGCUGGACGAGAAUGAAGGCAGGACCGAGCAGGAGAUCGAGAAGGCCGUGCGCGAGAAGGAGGCCAAGUCCCGCGCCGUGGUGCUGGAGAUGAUCGGUGACCUGCCGGACGCAGACGUCAAACCUCCAGAGGAAGUGCUCUUUGUGUGCAAGUUGAACCCCGUGACGGAGAGCGCAGAUCUGGAUAUGGCUUUUUGCAGGUUUGGGCCGUGCAAGGCGGAGGUGAUCCGAGACCAGAAGACGGGCGACUCGCUGUGCUUCGCGUUCGUGGAGUUCAUGGACCGCCGUCACUGCGAGGAAGCGUACUUUAAGAUGAACAACGUGCUGCUCGAUGACCGUCGAAUCAAGGUGGACUUCAGUCAGUCGGUGUCCAAGCUGUGGAACAAGGUCAAGCGACGUCCGUGGGAGAAG